AUGACCCCCUCAAACACCGAGGCAACAACCCUUGCCCGCCUGGAAACUUUGAGCACCCGUCCUCGCUACUGCCCGCAGUGCUCCGAGUUCGAGGGCGCCAGUUCCAAUCGGCGUGGUCCCAGUGCCCCGGCAGAUUGGCUGAACCCGACUGAGAUCUACCAGGCUGCCAACCUCACCGUUUUUGCUAGUGACAAUCAACACUCCGAUCGGCCAGUGCAGCUGGAUUUCCACUUCACCCAUGGCAGCCAGGGUGUCAGCCACUGGCAUGGGCUUCUGCAAGGAUCUACCCUUUUCCUGGACACUCCUCGGCUGGCACUGGAUUUCAACAGCCGGGAAAGCUUGACCGCCACUCUGGAAUACAUCGAAGAAAAAACAGGCGCAGAGCAAGUGCUGGUCAACUUCCGUAAGGCUCGGCGAGACCGAGGCGACUUGCUACGAGCUUUUGGCUUCUUGGGUUUCGAGCUCGUAGCCCCCGACCACCCUGGCCUGCCCCCCUGGGAAGACACCAUCUUCAUGGCUUACCCCCUGGAACGCGAUCUCGGCUGGAAACCCCCACCAGAGCCGGAAUGA